AUGCUAGAUGAUAAGAUGCCUGGUUGUGGACUUAAAGCUAAGCCUCAUAUAGAUUCUCGUAUAAGGCUUUUGAAAAAACAAACUGCAGCAAUUAAAAAGAUGAUGGGUCCUAAUGCAAGCGGAUUUGGUUGGAAUGACCAAGAUAAGUGUAUCACUGCUGAAAAGAACAUUUUUGACACAUGGUCAAAGACUCAUCCAAAUGCAAAAGGAUUGAGAAAUAAACCAUUUGCAUAUUAUGAAAGUCUAUCAAUCAUUUUUGGCAAUGAUUGUGCAAAUGGUGAAAGAGUUGAAAAUGCUGCAGAUAGUGCAGAGGAAUUAUCGCCGGGUUUAAAUAAUAGAGAAGAUGGACUUGAAGAAAUUGAUCUGUCAAAUAUUUUAACACAAACUUCAUGUGGUACUCCAAACAUUGGUCCUGUCAAUGCUAAAAAAACGGGUCAGAGGAAGCGAUCAAUUGUCCUAUGA